CCAGGCCCAUCGCUCUGUCAGUGGCUGCUGCUGCCUGCACCCGAGGCAGGCUGUGUUGUGGUGGCCGAGGCUGGCCGGGUGGACGCCAACGCCAGGCGUUGCCCUCUUCUCGCAGCUGAGAAUUCCUCUGGACGGUUAAUGGUGUUUGUCAUUGUGCCCUGUUUCUACAAAUAAAUGAUGGGUGGAUUAUUUUCUCGAUGGAGGACAAAACCUUCAACUGUAGAAGUUCUGGAAAAUAUAGAUAAGGAAAUUCAAGCAUUGGAAGAAUUUAGUGAAAAAAAUCAGAGAUUACAAAAGUUAUGGGUUGGAAGAUUAAUUCUCUAUUCUUCAGUUCUCUACCUGUUUACAUGCUUAAUUGUAUACUUAUGGUAUCUUCCUGAUGAAUUUACAGCAAGACUUGCCAUGACACUACCAUUUUUUGCUUUUCCAUUGAUCAUCUGGAGCAUAAGAACAGUGCUUAUAUUUUUCUUUUCCAAGAGAACAGAAAAAAAUAAUGAAGCACUGGAUGAUUUAAAAUCCCAGAAGAAAAAAAUACUUGAAGAAGUCAUGGAAAAAGAAACUUAUAAGACGGCAAAAUUAAUUCUUGAAAGGUUUGAUCCAGACUCAAAGAAAGCAAAGGAGUAUGAGCCGCCAUCUGCUGGAGCAGCUGUAACUGCAAAACCUGGACAAGAGAUUCGUCAGCGAAAUACAGCUCAAAGAAACCUUUCCCCAGCAUCAACAACUGCUAACCAGGGCCCUCCUCCACAAGUUCCAGUGUCUUCUGGACCACCAAAGGACACUUCCGCCCCUGGUGGACCCCCAGAAAGAACUGUUGUUACUCCAGCUCUACCAUCAAAAGUGUUACCAAGACGUCUUGGAUCCCCUGCUACUUCAGUGCCUGGAAUGGGCCUUCAUCCUCCAGGUCCACCUUUAGCAAGACCCAUUCUCCCUCGAGAACGAGGUGCUCUGGAUAGAAUUGUUGAGUAUUUAGUUGGUGAUGGCCCACAGAACAGGUAUGCCCUUAUAUGUCAGCAGUGUUUUUCUCAUAAUGGCAUGGCUUUGAAGGAAGAAUUUGAAUAUAUUGCCUUUCGAUGUGCCUACUGUUUUUUCUUGAAUCCUGCAAGAAAAACCAGACCCCAGGCUCCAAGACUUCCAGAGUUUAGUUUUGAGAAGAGGCAGGCAGUGGAAGGCUCUGGUUCAGCUGGUCCCUUGCCAUCAGGAAAUAUGCUUCCAUCAGAAAACCAACUCAGUGAAGAAUCUUUAGAAGAACAAGAUGUUACUGAUAACAGUACAGAACAAAUAGAUGACAAAAUAUCAGCUACAGAGCAGACAAUCCAAGUGAUUGAAAAAGCACCUGGUACAGAGGAACCAGAGGAGAAACCAGAAGAGACCGAGAAUGAGGAGACCUCAAUGAAUGAAGCCAAGUCAACAAUUACCAGUGUUGAUUCUCUUCCUUAUCCGGAACUAAGUGGAGAAUCUUUGAUGACAAAGGAGUAAAUGCUUCCACGUGCCUUCA